AUGUGUGCAUCCGUCAUCUUCUCAAUUCACACUCCAUCCGCCACUGCUCUAUCGUCACCUCCAUAUCAUUCCGUUUUCCGAAUCAGCAAGGCCACUAGUGGCGUUUUCUGCGACCGGAGACUUCGAGGGCUGCUGGGAAACCAGAUAGCGUGUGACACUGCCGUUGCCGCUAGAUUAGGAUGCCUUUCAGUCUUCGUCACCGCCAUGGAAGCCCUCAUCCGCCGUUGGGAAUGUAACAAAUGCUCGGGAACCACCAACCGAGUCCAGCUCCGUUAUAGCCGACCGAUAGCCCCACUGUUGCCACUACCUUGUGUUGCCGCUACUCUGUUGCAUGAAGCAGUAAACUGUCGUAUCCUCCUUCUUCUUUUGCUGCUGAUGUAG